AUGGCCGAAGAGCCUGUCGCUAUAGAUGUUGAGUCCAAGCCUCUCCGCAUUCUUACGUAUAACAUGUACCUCCGUCCGAUGUUAGUAUCUGCCGCUGGCCACGAUCAUAAGGACAGUCGCUUGCGAGUCUUUUGUAAUGAUCGACUUCAAGACUUUGAUGUGGUAUGUUUCCAAGAAGUCUUUAAGGAACUUAACUGGCGACGAGAGAAGUUACUUAAAAAGGCCAAGAAAGCCGGGUUUAAGUGGAGGAUCCAAACGGAGAAGCCGUUGUUUCCGCUGUUUUUAGUCGAUGCCGGACUUGUCAUUAUAUCACGAUUCCCAAUAGUCGAAAAGGACUUCAGAAUGUACACACGAGGGAUAUACGCAGACGCAGUUGCGUCGAAAGGUGUACUCUACGCGAAAAUCGAAGUGCAACCGAAUCGAUACAUUCACGUCUUUGAUACACACACACAAGCAGACUAUACAUUGGAUUUGGAAAAGGCUAAACCAUCGAGAGAGAGAAGAAUGGUCCAUGUGAAGGAAUACGCGGAGUUCGUUCAAGAGAAGACUACAGGGAACAACUACCCGGCGAUAUGCUGCGGUGAUUUUAAUGUGAAUGGAAGAGCAGGGACUGAUGGGACCACGGAGAGCGUCGAGUAUAAAGAAUUCUUACAAACAUUUGUCGUACCGAACGGAGAACUCAUCGACUUGUUACUUAGAGACAACCACGGAGUACAACCAGUCACGUUCGGUGACUCGUUUGUCGACGCGUCGGGGACGGAAACACCGUUUGAUACGGAAAUCACCUACGAAGAACAGUGCAUGGAUAAGUCACGGCUGGACUAUAUCUUCCAAUUGAAGAGAGAGGGAGAAGAACCACAACUGACAUGCAAGAACUGCAGAGUCGAUAAGUUCCCAGUGAAGGGGAGAAAGUUCCCGUUUAUGAGUGACCACUUUGGAGUCACGGUGGAUGUGUACCUUUAA